CAGCUCUGUAUAGGUACCAAAACAAUAUGAAAAUGAAAGAGGAAGUGUCAGAAUUCAGCGGAUGAUCACAGGAAUGAACAGGUCUACCAAUGGUACCUUUUUACACAAGGAAUCUACAGCUGACAUAACAAAGCAAUGGGCAAUGAGAAGUCUAGGCAACCACUGGAUACCAAGCUCAGUGGAACAGGGCGCUGGGUCAUGGUCAGUCUGGCCCCAGCAGAGACCUUGACCUAUGACCCCAAGGUCAGCUUUGCAGUCUGUGUAGGUGUUGGUGAGCAGUUAGAAUUGGGCAGUAACCAUGUAGGACAGUCAGCCAACAAUGAUGCCAGAGUGAUAAGGGAAGUGCUGCAAGACCAUUAUGGAUUUUUGGAGGAUCAAACGUCCCUGCUGACCACUGACUGCCCAGAUAUUUCAACCUGUGCUGCCAUAAAGGAGGCAUUGCGGAGGAGAGCUAGACAGGUGUCUGAGGACGGAAUACUACUGUUCCAGUUCUCUGGUCACUGUGAUAAGAAACGCUCUGGACAGGUAUAUCUGGUACCUGCAGAUUUUACUCCCAAUGUCCAAGAUUCUGCUCUGUCUAUAGCAGACAUAGCUUCCUGUGUUGAAGGUACCAAGGUCAAGCAUUUCCUCAUCAUAGCUGACUGCUGUUAUGCAGGGCAAAUAGCUGAAAGUCUUCUCCAAGAAUCAACAGGGAAAGUAACUACACAUAUUGUAGCAGCCUGCAGUGGCAUGCAGAGAGCUUUACAUUAUAAAAAGAUUGGUCACGGAUUUUUCACCUACUUCAUGUCCAAAUAUCUGAGGGAGAGACAGAGGAAAGAAGAGACACCAAAGUUCCCUAUUUACCCACUGAUAGAGUACUGUAAACCAUUGUGCCAGGCAGUGGCAGUCAUCAUAAGCCCUGCCAAGGGAUGUGAUGUAUUGAUGGAGCCAGAAGCAACAUCUUUCAGUAACAAUUCACUUGAGGAAGAAGAUAACUUUGGAGGGCCCAGGACAAUUAGGAACUUAUGGCAGUUUGACCACAUCACUAAGUAUCUAAGCUGUAGCAGGCCUGCACAUUGCAUGACACGAAUUCCUGAUUCUGUGGACCUGGGUUGGCUUGACAUACAGGCCCGAGGAGCCCUGCUGACCCUCUACAAAGAAAGGCUGCUGUUUGCCCCAGAAAUGUACAACACUAUGAUGGUGUUCCUGUCCCAGGCCAUUGCUGCACUUUCUCAUCAGGAGCUGAAGAAGAUAGAUGUUUCUGGCACCCCUGAGUCCUUGCUGAAUGUUGACCUGUGUGUAUUGGCAUGUCUUUCCUGUGCAGAUGUGUUGGCUUCCAUUGACAAAAGAUUGAUUCCACAACUGCAACAUGUGAUGACAUGGGUUGAAUUCUACAUAAUAAAGGUGAAGGAUUUGCUGGGACUUGAUAUCAAGUCAGAGGAGUUAAGUGAUUUGAUGACCUUGCUGUUAAAGGUAAAUUCAGACACGCAAAAAUUUCAACCCUCUGAGGGGGAUAGUGCCGAUGGGGAGAAAGAGGGAACCCCUGAAGAAGAAGAACAAGAAGAACAAGAAGAAGAAAAAACUGAAGACGAAAAGGUGCAAAUGUUGUAUGAGAAGUUGGAGAGUUUAUCAGCUCUUAUGGAUCUUCCGCACAUUCCACAGCUUGAAGAAAUUGGUACUGAAUAGACAUUUGUAAACUGGAAGAUAGAUUUUUCUAAUUAAGAUAACAAUGCCAUACGUAGCUUAAGUUUUUUUUAAUACUAAUAUUUCUUACAGUUAAGUGUAAUUCACCAUGUUGUCUCCCCCUCUUGGAGAUUUUAUUCAGUCUGUUGAGAAGGCAGGUGGAACUGCCCAGUUUUGUUACGUAAUUUGCAUGGAUGACUAAAUUGUAAGGCCAGCAGUAGAUUUGAAAAAUGUUUGCUAUGCAAUGGUCUGACGUCAUUUGUUAGCUAUAUUUUUACAUGAAACAGAGGUGAUAUGUAAAGUUAAGGAUUUAAAAUUUUUUAAUCACUAUUUAUAUUUCAUUCUAUGAGUUUGGCUCCUAAAAAGAGUAGACCACUGUCACCAUGGAGAAGUUUAUAUGUAUAUGAAAAUUAUAUAUCCCAUUAUCUGCUCAGUGCCAGGGUUUGCAUCGCAAUUUGUAGACUGUGACUUAAAAGGGGCGGAGUACUUAAGUGUGUGAAUUUUUUUUCUUUGUAAGCUUUUUUCUAAACUUGUAUUUGUGUUGACAUAUCAGUUGUGCCCUUUUCUGUUGCUUGAAGGGGAGAGGGAUGGAAAUAAUGCUUGGUUUUGCCUCAUUUGGCUUAUUAGCCUUUUUUUGGGGGGGGUGGGGUGGUACCUCUAAAACUUCUGUGUGCUUCCACCCCCUCCACCUGAGAUCUGCCAUAUCGCGCACAAUAGCAUUCAGUGUAAGUGUCAUUCUUUGUGGCCAGAGAUUUAUAUACCAUGAUAAGGAUAACAUAUGUUGUGGUCAAGUGCCGUGUAUAUUUGGUGCACUAAUUUUAUUAGAAUAUUUGAAAAUAUCAUUUGUUUUUAUUUAUGAUUUAAGUACGUGUUUAUAGAUUUUAUUACUAAUUUAAUGCUUCUUUUGGCAUCUUUUUAAUGUUAAAUAUACAUGUACUUCAUUCCAUGAACUUACCAUAGUUGUGAUUCCAUGAGUAUUGUGAUGUGAUUUAUACACAGUACGACAAUAUUUUAUAUUUUGAUGUUUCAUUCAGAGUUUAUUUCCUUUUUCAAGAUAUUGAUUUUCUUGUUGAUAAUUUGUUAACAUCAUAACACCUUGAAAAUUAUAUUUCUUCUAUUAUGGUUAUUAUUAUGUACUUUUAAUUUUUGAAAAUUUCCAAACACCUACCCUA